AUGUUUUAUCGCAGUAUUUAUAAACUUGGCCAAAUUUGUGGAAAUGUGUUGGAAAAUAAGACCAACUCUCUCAAGUAUCUGACGGAGCAUGACCGAUGGCACAUACAAAUUAGCCUUUGUAUAGAACGUCAACCUUUAGAAUAUCAAGAACCAAAAUUUGAACGUCUAUUUCGUGAAUUUCAAGAACAAUGGCUAAAAAGUACAGGGAAUUCUCUAAAGUUACCCUCUUUGUCUACCAUUGAGCAAAAGAUCAGUCAUAAGAUCGUCCCUACCAGGGAAAAGAUAGUUAAACCAUCUGAAGAUGGGUCUUCAAGUAGUGAACCAUAUUCUUCCACAUCUUCUAGCGAAUUAGAGUCUAUGCUACUCGGUGAAUUUGAUAUCAAGGCUCUUCCCAGGAGAAGUAGACGGACAGAAAAACCCAAACAGUCUGACUAUGAUAAAAAUUUAUCAAAUGAUGACGAUAUGCACAAUAUUAAACGGCAUCCAAAGCAUUGGCUCUUUUUUGCUAUUAAAUACAAGUCUGGUUCAUGGUCGCUUCCAACGACAAAUUUGUAUUUUGGGGAUUCAGUUCGAGAGACAUUAAUACGUUUAUGUGAAGAACUCUUUUCCGGAACAUACCGUCCAUAUUUUUUGGGAUAUUGUCCAUUCACUCAUCAAAAGAUACUGCACAGUAACGAGAGUGAAAUAAGAGGGAAAAAACUCUUUUAUUAUAGAGCACGUCAUAUACCUAGCCAAGAGUUGAGUAAAAUUUCAUGUGGAGAAAUUGACGAAUAUGCUUGGUGUACUGUUGACGAACUAAAGGAUCGCCUGGAUUAUCUAAAGUAUAAAAAAGUAUUUGAUUCUCUACCCCUAAUGUAA